AGAGAGACAGUGAUCACACUGCUUCCCUGUUCUCACCCACCAACUCUCGGAGCAGGAACCGGUUCGCUUCACUGGCAAAGAAUCUCUAAAGGGGAGGAGGGGAAGACAACAAAGUGGGAUCGUUUCUAAACGUGUUUAUCUUUGGAUGAUCAUUUGCGUUUUUGCAGAUUCUGGAUCCUGCCCUUUCCGACUCCUCCUGUCGUGCUGCAGCUCUGAGAGGAGUGAAUCUCCUUUGUGUUGCUCUGCAGUUGUUUUAUUUCUCUUCAACUUCUGCCUCCUGUUUCAGCGAACAGAGAGGGUUUGUUUCCGCCUCUCUGUCGCUCUAAACGGAAUGAAUGACAAAAACAAAGGAGGUUGAUGUCCAUAACUCUGCGACUCACUUCUUCGCCUCGCCCAAACAACGGAGACUCCAUCUCCGGCAGAAGAUGGAAAGCGGAGGCGGGACGGAGAGCUCGGACAGCGGCCAGGCGCAGCACGCGGUGCCCGGUCAGCCGCCCCGGUCCGAGGCUCCCGGGCUUCCCGCUCCGAAGACUGGCGAGAAGAAAAAGAGUAACCGUGCGCCAUCCCCGGCUAGACCGAAGGACGUGCCCGGCUGGUCGUUUACAAAGAUCCGCGGAGGGAUUGGGACCCCGACCCUGAGCGUCAAGCCCGGAGCCAUCCAUCUGGGUAGCCGCGUUUCCAGACGCAGCCCGGUGGGGAGCCUCGCUGGGAUGGAAGGAAAAGCGGAGAAAUGUGGUGGUAAAACGGGAGGCAAGUCAUCUCUCUCCGGCGGAAGCGUGUCCAAGUCCCCGGCAUCCAAGACGGCUAAAAGCACCAGCGCGCGGAGAAAGGUGUCGGACGCCAGCACUGGAUCCGAUGAUUUAUCCAAGGACUCCGGAUGCGCCGCCGGGAAGCUCUCCCCGACCGACAGCAGCUCCGAGCUGUCGGACUGCGCCUCCGAGGAGAACAAGCUGUCGGCGGAUGCUGGGAGCAGCGACGCCGAGUCCAGGAGCAGCCGCGGCCCGGACGGAGAGAAGCCGCUCGGGGACAGAGCUGCUUCACAAGCCGCUACCAAGACCACCUGCUCCGCCGCAGAGAGACACGAUAAGAACCGACCUAAUCCGGGCAUCGACACCGCUGAGGGGAGCACUUCACCCGGCGAGGAGCGCUCGGUGACCUCGUUUGACAGCAGGGUGCCCGCCAGCACAUCCCUGGCGUUCUCAGACCUCACGGAGGAGUUUACGGACGGCAUGUAUGAGGAGUACCUCAGGGAGAUAGAGGAGCUCAGGUCUGAGAAUGAUUACCUCAAAGACGAGAUGGAGGAGUUGAGGUCUGAGAUGCUGGAGAUGAGGGACAUGUACCUGGAGGAAGAUGUUUACCAACUGCAGGAACUGCGGCAACAGCUUGAGCAGGCCAACAAGACCUGUCGUAUCCUGCAAUACCGGCUGAGGAAAUCAGAGCGACGCUCUCUCCGGGUGGCGCAGACAGGGCACGUGGACGGAGAACUGAUAAGGACACUGGAGCAAGAUGUAAAGGUGGCGAAGGACGUGUCCAUCCGUCUCCACAGCCAGCUGGACAGCGUGGAGAAGAAGAGGAGCCGUCUGGAGAAAGAGAACGAGGAGCUUAGGGUCCGACUGCAGGAGCUGGAGGUCGCCAAACAAGUCCUGCAGCAAGAAAUCGACAAGAACUCCCAGAAGAAAGGAGGAGCACGCGCCAACAACAAAGCUGACAAGAAGCCUGCUGCUCAGGAGGACAGCUCAGACCUGAAGUGUCAGCUCCACUUUGCCAAGGAGGAAUCGGCCCUGAUGUGCAAGAAGCUGACCAAGCUGGUGAAGGACGGUGAGGCCAUGAAGGAGGAGCUGGCCAAGUACAGGUCCAUGUACGGAGAUGUCAACGCCUCGCUGACCGUGGAGGAGGUUGCUGACUCCCCACACACCCGUGAAGCUGAGGUCAGAGUUCACCUGAAGCUGGUGGAGGAGGAGGCCAACCUGUUGAGUCGACGCAUCGUGGAGCUGGAGGUGGAGAACCGGGGCCUCCGCGCCGAAAUGGACGACAUGAAGGGGUCGCAGGAUAGUCCUCAAGAUCUCACAGGUGGUGGUGGUGGUUCUGGACCAGGCCUUUCGGGAGGAGCCGCCGUUCUUGGAGGAGGAGUGUUUUCUGAAAACGUCAUGGAGCUCCAGAGGCACCUCCAGUUCGUGGAGGAGGAGGCGGAGCUGCUGAGGAGGUCCCUGAUCGAGAUGGAGGAACAGAACAAGCUGCUGAUGAACGAGAUCAACCGCUACAAAUCCGAACUCCCACCUACAACAUCGUCGCUGUCAUCCAGCUCGCUGAUGUCUCUGACAGAUGGGCGGCUCAACGAUAGCCCCGCCCACUCUGUACAGGAAGGGGCGGUGCUUAUUAGUACUGACAGCCCGACCCAUGAGGAGGAGCUCCGAUCGGCCCAGCUUCAGGUCGGAGAACUGAGUGGGAAAGUGAAGAAGCUGCAGUACGAGAACCGCGUGCUACUGUCCAACCUGCAGCGCUGUGACCUUGCCUCGUAUCACGCUCCUUCCUCCUCAUCGUCAUCGAGACUGGCGCUGGAGACUGAUGCAGAGGCAGGAGACUCCGCUGAAUGCCUACCCUUCAGCCCGCCCCAUCGGAAAGAGCCCGUUGGCGGAGAGAACGAAUCCGUUGAGAUCAAUGAGCAGAAAAAGACGAUGGAGGACAACGCUGGUGCACCAGCCUCACUCCUAGGGCGCCUCGGGCAGAAGGACCAUGAUGCCCUUCUGGCCAUGAGGGGCCAGGCCCGUUUGGUUUCCACGGCAAUACAGCUGCUGACCUCCCCCGAGUCCAACUGCCUCUCAUCCUCACCUUUAGUGUAUCACAAGGUGUGCAGCAAUGAGGCAGCAGAGUGCGACCUUGAGAAACCUCCGCCUCUCUCCCAGAUGUCAGAGCUGUCUGAUCUGGUGGACCUUCCUCUGGUUGGCGCUCUGACCAGCAGGCUUCAGGUGCUGCACUCCCAGCUGCAGGUCUUUGUGGAGCAGGUAGAUGCCCUGGGUACGCCUCAGGUGGACGGAGAUGGACAGGAUCAGGAAGUGGAGGAAAAGCAGCUCGAUUAUAGGGACCGAUCAGAGCCAGACGUGAACGAUGAAACUGAGGAGACGAGCCAAUCUGUCAGCCAGGAGUCGCCGAAUCAGGAACGCAGCCAGAUGGAACGGGAGGGGAAGGAGACGGAUCAGGCGUUGUCCAUCCAGGCCACUGACCUUCAGGCUCAGCUGUCCAAAGCAGAGGAAUCGGUCCAAAAGACUCGGGAAGAACUGGAGAAAAACCGGCAGAGUGACAGUCACAAACUCUCCCAGCUGCAGGAGGAGCACCAGAAAGCCCUGAUCCGACGGGACUUCCAGCUGCAGAGUCUGGCCGUGCAGGCUCGGCUGCAGCAGAAGCUGUGGAGCCAGGAGAGGACUCUGCUGGUUCAGGAGUCCCAGCACCUCAAACAGGCUCUGUUGCUGCUGAGUCUCAAACUUCGCUGCUUCCUCAAACAGUGGAGGCUGGGCUGCAAGAAGGACGCAGAGUGGAAAGAUGUCCUGGAGAUGAACAGCUUGAACGACCUGUACUUGUUGUUGGAGGAGGAGAACCUGUCCACAAACCAAACGGACAAGCAAGGAGCUGCAGAAGAACUCAGCCAGACUAUAAAGUCGAGCGCCGUGAGCAGCACCUUGGCCGACCUGAGGGUCGCCCUGCAGGAUCUGAGCGCAGAGCUACGGCAGGAGAGACAGGGCUCGCAGGAACUCACCCAACAGUUCGCUAAAGCCAAGGCAUCUUGGGAAGUGGAGAGGACUGAGCUGAAGAGCAUCAUCACACAGCUUGAGAGCAAAGCUGGCAAAGCCACAGCAGCCCUGUCUGCCCCUGAAACCCUAGACCCCAUCGACCUGAAGGUGGCACUGAAGAAGGAGCGUGAGGAGCACCAGCACCUCCUCGCGGAGUCCUACGCAGCAGUGAUGGACCUAACCAAACAGCUUCAGAUCGGAGAGAGAAACUGGAGCAGGGAGAAGGUGGAGCUGCUGGAGAGGUUCAGCAGGGAGAGAGCUCAGUGGGAACAGAGACUCAGAGAGGCCGCGGCGCAGCAGGAGAAGCCGAAGCCGCUGGGCGACGAGUCAGACAUGGUGGCUGCUCGCGGAUCGGCGUUGCAGAGGGUCAAAUCCUCCAUGGAGUUGGAGGCUGGAGAGACGGACCGUCAGGGCGAGAAGAUGCACUUUGAUGCCCCGCCUCUUUUUAAUCGCACUGAGCUCUGUGACCUCACCAGGAAGAACUGGACCUACCUGACCAAUCAGACCCCAGAGACUACGGACAGCUGUAAAACCUGGGACGGUCCCAGCGUCUCCCACAGCAGCUUAGUGGAGUCCCAGUCUGAUCUGGAGUUUGUGCAGAGAAGCUACACCGCUCCAGAUCGCUCCGGUAUCCGGAUCUACUACAGCCCUCCGGCUGUGAGACGCGUGGAGCCCCGGAGAAGAAACCUGGAACCCGUAGAUCCUCCUCCACCUGGGAGCUCCUCUCUGGGACACAAAGACGCUCUGAGCUCCUUUCACACUGAGCCGCCAGCGUCCUCCUUCACUUCCUCCUACGAGCAGUGGCUGAGCUCGCUGUCCAAGCAGCACCGAGAGCUGCUGGAGAGCAGGAGCAGCUGCAUCUCCAGCUCCAUGCCCAGCAUCGUCAUUAGCAACGUGAGCUCCGGGGCGGAUAACAGAGUGGUCGAUGGGAUGACGCCCACUUCUCCUUUCCACAACCUGGACAUUGGAGAGAUUUCAGCAAACUUAAGUGACGACAUGAAGGAAAUGACCAACUGUGUCCGCCAGGCCAUCAGGUCUUCUUCUCUGGAGAGGAAAUCCAGCAAGGAACCUGGAAAUCAGCUGGUGGGAGUAUGCACCAGGUCCACUCAGACCUCUGCUCAGAAUGUCAGCGUUGGGCUUCAAACGGAGAACUUCCCCAGCAGCAGGGGGGCGGGACUACACCCCAAGGCCUGGUCUCCUCGUCCAUCUCCCGCCACCACCUCCUCUCUGGCAUCAGCCCGGACUCGGCAGAUCUCUACGUCUCUGGAUAAAGUUCACAGCCGUAUCGACCGGCCGUGCUGCUCCCCCAAAUAUGGAUCUCCAAAAUUACAACGCAGGGUCUCAUCUGGCUCCACCUCCAGACUGGACAGCCCGUCUUCCAACAGGGACCGCAGCCUGUGGAGCCUCCAGCAGAGGCCUAUUAGUGGGGGUGGGGGCUCGGCGUGGGCUCGCUCCACCACCACGAGGGACAGCCCCGUCCUGAAUGGCCUCACCGAUGGCCUCUCCAGCCUGUUCAGUGUGGUGGAACACUCUGGAAGCACGGAAUCACUCUGGAGACCUGAAAUAGGAGCCAGCCAGACCGCCAGCCCAGCUCGGCAGCCUCACGCUGCAGGAAAACCAUCCGGAGCUGGGGUCUGUGGAUCUGAUUCCAGCUCCCAGCGGUAUGGAGGACUGGUACAAGAGCUCUAUGGGAACGUCUGCAGCAGCCGUAGCCCAGUAGGAGUCACCCUGCCUGGGGAGAGAGCACACAGAGACUCCCUUGGCAACCUUGGAAGCGUGAGUGUGUUGGGAGGAAUCAGAGAUGUGGAUGAACCCAAGUCGGACUGUGUCCCAGCGGGAGUCGGAGGACCCGGCUGCGACACCGUGACUAGGAUUGUCAACAAGAGGUUUAUGAGGCAGACGGCUGGGGAGGAAAUGAUCAGCAUCAUGGGAGGAGGGAAGGAAAUGACGAGCAGCGCCGCGGCCGCCGGACCAGGCACGGAGGAAGCUCCAUGUGACUGCGCCGCUCAGUCUUGUGUCGCCCGACCAUCGAGAGCAGCCGCACGCCACUGCAAGCAUCGUCCGCAAGAAGCUCCAGCGGCAGCAGAGGAGAAAGGAGACGCCUGCGCCGAGUGACGCCCCCACGCAGAAAUCUAAGCACAUUCGCUUCCUAACAAACACCACUGCCAUGACACGGCUCCUCACGUCACCAACAGUACAUACACACCUCCAAGCGCACUGCCAAACCCAACACACACAGAGUGAUAGCACACAGCUCUGACUGCCUGACAAACCUACUGCCACACACACACACACACAAACACACUCUUUCACACUCACAGACACACACAAUCCAUCUUGGAUGCCAAGGACAGGUCCAACUUGACAAAUCUACCAGCAAAACCGAACACGGACACCGUCACCUCCUCCAAACAAGAAUUAUUCUGACCUAAGGAGAGUUUAACAGGUAUGAUAUCAGGACUGGAUCUACUCAACUAAACCUUCUUAGUCCAGAUCAUUCAUCAGAAGGACUUCACCUCACUGUUGAGUAUCACUUGGAGCUGUAGGAUAAACACUUUUACCAAAAUAAUCCAUUCAUGGGUUCCACAUCAUGCAUGGAUUUAAAUGUAAAUGAUCCUUAAUUUAUGGGUUUGAUGAAAAAUGGGCUUGUUUUAGAGUGCAGGGAGGAUGAAGGAUUCAUCCUUAAACCAUCGAGGGUGAAUCUGAUGAAGACAUGAACACAGCAUGAAACUGGGAGCAAAACAUACAAAUUAAAUCCAUUUCAUUAGAACAAACAGACCCUUUGGUUUGCAUUUGGGUGAAAAACAUUAACAGUAAUCAAACAUGCAUUCAAGCCACAGCUGAGUUCAGUCUAACACUUAAAGCUUUGGUCUGUAAACUCUUCACUCUAAAAAAAUGUUGAAUUUACUUACAUCAGUUGGUUCCACUACACUUAGUUUAAAUGUGCAGAGAAUUACAUGUUGUCCUUUUACAAGAAAAUGUACAUUACUCUUUACAUUUAGUCACUAGGUUUAGUGGACUCAGUUGACGUAACUUGGUUAAGUAAAUUCAACAAUUCAUUUUUUAAAGUGUAUCAAAAUAAUUUAGAAAAGGUAGCAUAAAUGUUUUUUUAAACAAGAUUGUAAAGUCGGUGACAUUUGCACUUAGAAGCAAUGGAAGUUAUAAAUAAUUUCAAGGAUUUGUGAAAUACAUUUUUAUCAUUUUAAAAAUAUUUUUAUUUAUUGAAGUGUAUUUUUUUUUUAUUUUUAAACUAAAUAUCAAACAACUUAAGCUGGGAUGUCUGUGCAAACAUGAGACACAGAUGUCUUGUUCUUUUACAGAGGAAAAGGUAAAUUUGGACAUUUUUUUCUUCCUUCUAUUUAUUAGUUUUAUGUCCUACACUCUAAAAAAUAAACUGCUGAGUUUACUUAACCUUGUUGCUUUAAUGUAAAGAGUAACAUACAUCUAGUUUUGACAUAAUUUAUAACAAUGUAUAUUAUUCUUUACAUUGAAACAGUUGACAUAACUUAAGUAAAUUCAACAUUUCCUUUCUUACAGUGUGGCUUUUUUCUAAUCAAUCAGCUGAUUAAGUGCCUGUUAGUUUGUCUUUUAGUCGGCUCACACUGAACUCUAAAAAACACACAAACCAAACAUCCUGUUUAUUAAUUUUAUAAAGGAUUUUAUGUAUCAGCUUGUACUAAAUUUACAGUAAAGUACUGUAUCUUGAUGGAAAAACUAAAUGGUGCAGAAAGACAUAAUAUACAUCUUUAAAUGUCAUUUUUAUGUUAAGGAAUAUUCUGGAAACAGCGGUAAUUUUUUUUUAAUGAUGACUUAUUGUUAGUAUGUUGUUGUUCUGGUGCUACUGGUUGUGUGAGUGGCAGCCUGACGAUUGUGAGUCUCUACACACAGUUUAGUGACUCAGCAAUCUAAAAUUGGGCAUUACAGUAACACACACUUAGGGAAACCCACAGUCUCAGUGCUGCUGCCUGUCUCAAAACCAUCUGCACGAACCCUGAAUGCCACACAGCUGGGUCUUCUGUUUUUAUUUAAAUAAAUACCCCACUUUUAUAUGGAUUUAGCCAAGAAAUGUGGUUAAAUUACACAGAACCUGUUAUUUUAUCUCUCAUUAUUCUCAAUAAAGAGGCAGCUAUAAUUGGCAUUAAUAUGUCAGACUUUACUUGUUGAAAUUAAAUUAAUCUUAAUAGAUUUGAAGUAUUUUAAAACAACAAGGAAACCCUUACUUACUAGGUAACAUGUACUGGUACUGUUGGUAGAAACCAUUUUACACUGUAAGAAAUAAAAUGUUGAAUUUACUUAACCAAGUUACACACAUUUACUUUUAAAGUAACACAGAGCAGUUUCCUGCUCCUCCUCCCUCCUGGUUGAAAGUGAAAUUACAACUAUUGUAAACAACCCUGCAGCAGCCUGCUGUAGCUAGCUCUAACAAUGAGCUAACACUAACACGAGCCAACUAAUACUAAAAUAAACCACAAGGUAAAAUGAUCCACACUGUUGGACAAAAAAUAUUAAUACUUACAAGUCCAGUAGCAACAAAGCCAGGUCACCAUCAGUCCUUGAUUUUGUAAUCUACUUUAGCUCCCUCAAACUAGCAUAGGCCACGCUGAGGUUCACUCUGGUUUUAGCUUUUAGCUUCACCUCCAAAGACAUUACUCUCUUACUUCUGCCAUAAUGCCAAGAGAAAAAGCAAACAUAAUUUUCUUCGUCUUGUGCUUUUUAUUGAUGAUCAGCGAACUGACAACGCUAACCACUAGCAUUACAGCUAAUAGCUGUAAAGCAGGUAGAGAGCAUCCCUUAUAGGGCACCUAUCCACUCCACAAACUAGCCAUUGCGUGUUUUGGUCAGCAAAGGGCUGCAGAGUGGUUUCAAAUAUGAAACAGGUCAAGUUUCUAACCCAACAAUCACUGAGACGAAUGUUAAAGCUGUAGCUUAAGUUUCUAUUGCUACUUUAACAUAGCAACGAAUAAAAAUGUAUAUUACUCUUUACAUUUAAGCAACUGGGUUUAGUGGAACCGUUGACAUAACUUGGUUAAAUAAAUGAAACAUUUUAUUUCUUCGAGUAUACGAGAAUGAAGAAUUAGUUUAAUCAAACAGUUAGCGUUUGUUCAGCUACACUGCAACACAUAUCAGUCAUUUUUAAGUUGUUUCUAAGGAAUAUUAAAUGAUAUAUAUAAUUAUGAAAAUUACACAUUAUGGCAUACCGUAUACCUAAUUUUCAUUCUGAAAUACAAUUCAGUCUGUAUUGGUUUUUUUUUUUCUGAAAUCUUUAGAACAUUUUUUCAAAAACAAACAAAAGAAAACGAAACUACUUAAAUUUCCUAUGCAGGAUACAUUAUUACAAUGCAGACUGUUGCUUUUAACAUAUUGUUCAUAUUUUAGACUGUUAAAAGUGAAUUAUUUAUUCAAAUAUGAUCAGUUUGCUGCUUUUUUUAGACUAAAAAUCUGAAGUGUUUUAACUAAGUUGGGUUUUUACCUAUUUUAACUGCAGAGAUCCAAAAUAUGUCAUUGGGAGACAUUAUUUUUAUUUAUUGCUGAAACUUCUUGGAUGUCAAUAACCCUUUAGGUGUAUUUGUUUAAACCGUAGGGAGAAACUACGUUGAAGAGCAAGUCACCCCCAAAUCAACAUUUUUUUUUGGCUGAUAAACUAUAUAAAUAAGUGUCUAAUCGUGCUGUAGACACAUGUAGUCAAUAAUUUUACACUUUAGUCUUAGUUAAUUUAAAAAUGUUCUGCCUAAAACUGUCAGUGUUGUGCCGUUGUCAGGUAAAAACUCUACACUGCAUUUGAAUUUAAAUCCGCCAUCGCUAUUGGUUAAGAGGUACACUAUGAAGUUGGCUGGUACAUUAUGAUGUCACAAUGUCAUUGUGAACCUGUGUGUGUAUUUGUUAGCAGCUCCGCCCUCUCGGUCUGCGAGGCAACAGCAUUUAUCGCAUUUUUCAAACAGGAAGUGGGAGUGGGGUAAGACUCUGUUAGGGGUCACUUGCUCUUUAAAGUCAGUCAUUCCAGUGUGGCAGGGAUUGUGGCAGGGAUUUUGUUUUUAUUUAUUUUAAAUACGUGUUAUUUUGAUCAAUUGGUAACUUUUAUUAGCAUUUCUUCUCACAUAUAUAUGAAACUCUGGGCAGAAGGUUUACCAAAUUCUGUUCUACCUCUUAUACUCUGCAAUCAUCAAACAACAAAACCAUAUUUUUGUAUAAUUGUCAUGAAAAAUUCACGUUUUGAUGACUUUUGUUGUCAUUGAAUCUUACACAAGGCCCCUUUAGUGCCUUUCUGCUACAAAAAGUGUCUUGUUUUUAUUAAGCUAUUUCAUUUUUCUGCACAUAUUUGACUCAAAAUAGGUACCAGAACAUAUUUGCAAAUGUCCACGUGUGGAAUUUAUUUUAAAUGUCAGAAUUUGUUGGCUGUGUUUUUAGAAUUUCCAGUUAUAAUUCAAAGUGCUCCCUUGGAAACUAACCUAUUUUUGGGCAGUCGCUCAAGAUGUUUACAUCUCUUAGCGCUAUUAAAGAAUCUCACUCUUAGUCCUUGUGUUUAUUCCCACAUGAAGGAAUUUGGCUGAAACAUUUUAAAUGAUCAUUUUUAUUACUUUUUAUAUUAAAUUUCUAACACAACACCAGAUGAAACCAGACUACAUCUCAGAUCCUGCGUUCAAACAUUUACUAACUGAGAAGUAAUCCAGGUCACAGCAUCGCCAGCCAAUGAGGGGGGAUGUCCUACCUUGCAUGGCACAAACCCUCUUGUUCCUAUGUAAUCCUGACAACAUGAUGAUUUCCUACUUGUGUGAUGUUUCCAUACCAUUCAUAAGAUUAUUUCAUGCUGGGAUUAUGUAGAUAAAACACUUAGCUGUUCUUAAAGGUAGCUGAACUUACCUGCUUGUAUAUAAGCUUUGUAUAAUCUCUCUUUUUAGUUUAAUAAUGCUUGAUUUUUGGAUAAAAGGAGAUUGCAAUGAAAAGCUGUCUAUGAUGAGUACAAGGUUAAGAGCGGUUUCCAUACCAUGCUCCGUUAUUUUCUUUGAGAAAAGCUGAAUGUCAACAGCUGAUCUGAUGCAGGUCGCUGUGGAAAUAUGUAGCUGUCUCCUUCUGCGGCCUCUGUACAUAGAUGCAUUUUAAAGACGAAUGACAAAAUAAAAACAGCAUCAAAUAUAAUAAAAGGGUAAGAAAAUCGUGUCCCACUAGGAUUUUUAAAGGGUGCGUCUGUUUUUCCAGCAGAUAUCUUGUCAAACGAGAUCUAACUGCCUCCUGUUUGUCAUAGAAAUCACAAAUAAAUGUUUCAUUGAUUUUAA